AAAUAUAAAUACAUUGACUGACGUCACUAUUUGAGAAAUAGUUAUGGCAGCGCAUGCAUGUCGCUCGAAAAACCACAAUCUUCAUUACCUUUUUUCCAAGGCAUUGAGAUGUUCCCAAGAAUGAAACCAAAAAAUAUUCAUAAAUUAUGUAAUACACAACUAAAAACAGCUAAAAACUAAUGAUAACAACGAUGAGAUGGGUGAGAUAGUACGGUGAUGAUCUAAAUAUGUAUUGGUGCUGAUGAAUGCUAUGAGAAAUGUAAAGUUCAUUCAAGUUUCACGACGAGUGAUGCAUGUAUAAAUGAAUUAUAAAGUGAUAAACAUGUGAAUGACAGCUGUCUACUGCAAACAAAAUCCUGUUUAUUAAAAUGCGAUACGUCUUAAUGACGACAUCAGUUGUUUUGUAGUGAAAAAAGUAUAUUAUGCAGCAUUACGAUGCUUUAUGACCUAAUAGCGAGCAGUUGUUUGAAAGUGACUACUGAAACAAUUCGAAAUUUAUCUCAGUUCAACGAAGCUCUCUCCUAGAAACUUGUUUGUUUUUACAAAGUGCAAUGAUCAUUCUCCGGAAGAAGCAGCACAUUUGAAGGAAUACAUAUUCUUUUUCGAAGGGCGAUUUCUCGCAAUAAUAACACAGAAUGUUGCAGCAAACCGGACCAAGCGAUGAUGAUGAUGAUACACAAGGGCAUUAUGUACCAUUUAUCUACCAUCUGAGGUUUAGGAACAAGUUCUCAUAUGCUCGAAUGCGACCUUACUAUGUUCCUCGUCGAUCCCGAACCAGAAGCGAAAAUUCGGAUUUAACCACGAGUCUAAUGUGCCCCGAAACUGUCAGUACUGCGGAUGGUCCAAUUCGAGGAAGUCUUAGCGCGACACAAAUGGAAACCAGUGAACUGACUACCUCACAAAUGGAAACCUCAAGCAACCACCGAACGAAUUCCGUAUCCAUCACAGCCAAGUCAAACGCAUCGUUAGAAAAAUCAAAACGCCUGUUCAAGUCACUGGAAGAUCUAGUGCAGGCGAAAAAGUUGGAUGGUUCCCAGAAUUCACAUGAAAUGGAAUUUGUAUCUAGUCGAAUACAGAAUUUAAAAGUACAGGAAUAGUCAAUGCGUAGUUAGUAUUUUUUUACGCCUAAUUUUCAAUACAUAAUGACUACGCAACGUACUUACAAUUACUCUUGGAAUGUUGAAACAGUUCGUAUGAUUCUAUCUGUGUGUAUUUGGAGCACGAUAAACGAAAUACUGCGAUUGAUUGAUUUCAUCCAAAGCAUUGUGAUUUUAGUUUCGUUUUGCCCGUAUUAUCAAUCAUGCAGAUACUGUGUCUUAGAUGUGCUAUAUUGGCCGAUCUAUUUGUAAAAUAUCUUCAGCCAUGAUUGAUUGGGAUAGAUUCUAGUUUUACUUCACAAACAGUUGUGCCGCAAGUGCCGUAAUAGGUUGAAAUAUUAUUAGUUCAGAUGGCAAUACAGAAGGUCUAUUGGAUAAACUCCCGAUUCACAACUUGAUGAAUUACAUCCAAUCGAGAACUAAAACUGCGUGUCACAUUAAAAAACAUUUGCUUGACUGUCAUAUUUUUAGUCGUAUGUAUUUUUAACUAAUAUUAUGAUACGGUAAUAUCCCUCUUUAAUUUAUGAUACAACAUUAAAAAUCAGAAUAUAAAUCGAAAA